AAAAGUGUUGUUCUCAGCGAUGAAUGGCACGUUGCUUCAUGAACUGGUAGAUUCUGACUGUACACCUGUUGCCAGGUGUGAGGACAGUCGCAACAGCCGAGACAGACAACAAACACCUCAGCACGCCAACGACACUAAUCACUGCUGUCGGAAGUUUAUGGGCAUUUGGAAUAUCUGCAACGAUUGAAGUUCAUGAUAACCUUCUCACAACCCCAAUUUGUAAACGCCUGGGUCCCACAUAACCAGGAUUUACCUUCUCAGGCGAAAGACAUGACCAAAACACCUAAACAAGUGACAGCCAAUGAGCUCACACAGGACAACAAUCAAUCUGGGGAAGGCAAAUGGAGCUCAGAAGAACAAGAGGUACUAGAAGUCAGUGGGCAGUGCAUAGCAGCACCUCAGUCACCUGAAGCAUUGCUCUACACUAGUUAUAAACAGAGGAGUGACGAGUUUCGGAGGUUAUUCAAAGAGGUGCCUGAGUCUGAGAAACUAAUUGCAGUUUUACUUCGCCAGGCGAAAGACAUGACCAAAACACCUAAACAAGUGACAGCCAAUGAGCUCACACAGGACAACAAUCAAUCUGGGGAAGGCAAAUGGAGCUCAGAAGAACAAGAGGUACUAGAAGUCAGUGGGCAGUGCAUAGCAGCACCUCAGUCACCUGAAGCAUUGCUCUACACUAGUUAUAAACAGAGGAGUGACGAGUUUCGGAGGUUAUUCAAAGAGGUGCCUGAGUCUGAGAAACUAAUUGCAGACUACACCUGUGCUCUCCAAAAGGAUAUCUUGUUACAAGGACGCAUCUACCUUACAGAGAAUUGUUUAUGUUUCUACAGUCAGGUUUUUCGUGGUACAAAAAUCACAGUAAAUAUGCAGGAUAUCAUCUCAUUGUCACGUGAGAAGACAGCGAAAUGGAUACCAAAUGCCAUCCAGAUCAGUACUAAUUCAGAGAAGUUGUUCUUCAGCUCAUUUUCAGCAAGGGAGAAAAGUUACCUUGGUAUGUUUCGGCUUUGGCAGAUUAUUCUAAUGGACAAGAAACUAACCAAGUUGGAGCUGUUGCAGAUGGUUAAGCAGCAUUAUGGCAAUGAUUUAGGAUUGAGUCAUGAUGAAAUGGAAAGCUUUCAAACAUCAGUAGAUACCGUCACACCCACCGUGCCCAGUCUGAAUAUGCGUGGAGAGGAUUACACUGGGAGGCCAGAAAGGCCCACAUCUCUUCGUCUUCCCCAAGGGGAGCUGAAUUCUUAUGAGGCCACCACACCACAGGGAGACGACACACAGUCUUCAGUUGGACUGCAAAGCAUGCUCUCAGCAAAUGGAGGGGACGACACUCUCAGUACCCCGUCCCAUCAGCGCAGUCCAAAUCUAUCAUUAAACCGCUCAGGGUCUGAACGAGUGUCUAAACACUCCUCUCUCUCGCUGGAUCUAAAUGCCAAUGAAGACCAGCUCUCGGAGAACAGCAGAUCCGACAGCCUGGAGGAGGUGGAAGAACGUGAGACAGCAUCUCCGGUGUCUCAGGGAAGGCUGUUUGUGAACCGGGUCUUUCACAUCAGUGCUGAGAUGAUGUUUGACCUGCUUUUCACCGAUUCUAGUUUCAUGCGGAGGUUUAUGGAUAUCAGGAAGAUCAUAGGUGCAAGCUCUACCUCUUGGCAAAGGGAGGCCUCUGGCGGUAUGAAAAGGACUUUGAACUACACCAUCACCAUUAAUAACCCCCUGGCUGGCAAGUUCUCCACUGCUACAGAAACCCAGACACUAUAUAAAGAGUCGAGGGAGGGUCAAUACUACAUGAUAGAUUCGGAGGUCUACACACAUGAUGUACCGUACCAUGACUACUUCUACACCCAGAAUCGCUACUGUAUCAUCCGCAACUCCAAGCACAAGUGCAGACUCAGGAUUUACACUGAUGUCAAAUACAAAAAGCAGCCCUGGGGUCUUGUUAAAUCCUUUAUCACGAAAAACUCCUGGAGUGGCUUAGAAGACUACUUUAGACACCUUGAGGCAGAGCUGCUAGAAGAGGAGGCAGAGUUGACUCAAGGAAGCGGAGAUGCUGGAAAGACGGGUGGUUUGCGCAGGAGGCUAAGAACUUACAGUCGCACCCUACAGGAGCACAUGAAACCAGGGAAGCAGUACAGCGCAGACUCAGAUCAGCAGAGAGCCGGCACCAUGGGUGCCAUGGAUAUAAAGAGCACACAACACAGAAGGAACAUCACUUCUAUUGUAUUUGGGAUGAGCUUAAUGUAAGGCUUCAUUCACUCUAUAAAGCUUGUUUCACACCUCAUGCAUACAGUAAGCUGUGUAAGCUUAAUGCUAUGACACUGACAAAAAAAACUUGGUUACUACAUUGAGUCUUUCCUCCAAUAACAACCUAAAAUCAUGAAAUGAUUGUUAGAAUUUGCCUAUUGAGAGUUAAUCCUCUUGAUUUGCUUAAGGAAGGGGAGCACAUUUACAUUUAAGUGGUAAAUAGUC